AUGAAGGGCACCGCCGCAGUUCUCAUCUCUGCCCUUUCGACGGCCGCAUAUGCCGGGCCUGUGACGCAGAAGGAUGCGUCGUGCCUGAAGAGCUGCCUGGACUGGCAGAAGAUCUCCUCUUCUGUCGCCGGCGAUGCGACGUGGAACGACCUGAUCGACCCGUACAACCUGCGCAUUCCCUUUGUCCCCAACACGGUCGUUGCGGUCAAGAAGGCCUCUGAGGUCUCAGCCGCGCUCAAGUGCGUGCGCCAGUGUGGUGACUUCAAGGUCCAAGCUCGUGGUGGUGGUCACUCGUAUGGCAACUUUGGCCUCGGUGGCCGCAACGGCAGCGUCGUCAUCGACCUCGCCGGGCUCAACAAGGUGACCGUCCGCGCCGACGGCACGGCUGACAUCGAGGGCGGCCUGCGUCUUGGCAACGUCGACCUUGCCCUCUGGGACCAGGGCAAGCGGGCGAUGAGCCACGGCACCUGCGCUGGUGUCGGCAUCGGAGGACACAGCACGCACGGCGGUUAUGGAUUCGACUCCCGUAUCUGGGGCCUGGCCCUGGACCACAUCCUGGACGUCGAUCUCGUCCUCGCUGACGGCACGGAGCUCACCGCGUCUGCCAAGGCCAACAGCGACCUCUUCUGGGCUGUCCGAGGAGCUGCCGACUCCAUCGCCAUCGUCACCAAGUUCCACGUCCGUACGCAGGCCGCGCCCGAGUCCCUGGUGUACUGGACCUACGAUAUCCCGGGCGUGAUCAAGGAUGUUGCGACUUCGGUGGCGGCCUUUGAGCACAUCCAGGACUUUGCUCUCAACGCGACCGUCCAGGACCGCCGCCUCGCAUGGGGCUGGUACCAUGACUCUUCCGCUUUUGCCCUCCGCGGCAAGUUCUUCGGCUCCCUGGCCGAGUUCAACAGCAAGAUUGCUCCCGAGCUGCUGCGCGGCCUGCCCACGCCGACCAAGUCUGACAUUCGGGCAGUCGGCUGGCUCGACAGCCAGUCGCUCUACCACAGCGGCACCCUGAACCACAGCACCCUGGCGCAGCCCAACCAGCCUGGCAAGUACCACGAGCACGACAACAUGUAUGCCAAGUCGAUUGUUACGCCUGAGCGCUUCACCAAGGAGGCCCUCACCAGCUUCUUCACCUACACGUCCACCGCCAAGAAGGCCAACUGGUACAGCAUCGGCAACCUCUAUGGCGGCCCGGACAGCCAGAUUAACAUUUACGACGAGAACUGGUCGUCGUACAAGGACCGCGACUCGCUGUUUGUCAUCCAGAACGUCGGCUCCGUCCUGCCGCCGCCCUUUGACGACUCGCUCAAGCCCUUCCUCAAGGGAAUGAACGAGGCCAUCACCAAGAAGAUGCCCAACACCCAAUUCAGCGCCUACACCAACUACAUUGACCCCGAGCUCACCCCCGCCGAGGCCCAUGAGCUGUACUAUGGCCAGAAGAUCUACUCCAAGCUGCUUUCCAUUAAGAAGACUGUCGACACGGCCGGUACUUUCUACAACCCGCUUGCGAUUGGUGCUUAA